GGAGGCGCCACGACAAGGCGCCGAGCCUUUCGGCUUCCUCAUCUCGCUCCCGGGAUCCACACCCCGCGGCGUAACUGGAGCUCGGCGGGGUUCUCUGGGCUACAGGGGCUCCGAUGAGCCCGGGGUGGGCCCGGGGGCGCACACGCACUCCGGCCAGGCCGGAACCUUUCUCCUCUCCUCGCGAUCGACGGGCAGAGGCCGGAACCUUUCUUCUCGCGUUAUCGUCGCCGGGCGGAGGCGUGCGCAGCCGGAACGGUCCCCCCAGCGGCCGCGGUCGCCGGCUGCUGACGUGAGCGGGCCGAGUGUAGGGGCUGGUGGCUGUUGCUGGUCGCUAUGGCGGUGGACAUCACGCUGCUGUUCCGGGCCAGCGUCAAGACCGUGAAGACGCGGAACAAGGCGCUGGGAGUGGCAGUCGGCGGCGGGGUCGAGGGCAGCCGCGACGAGCUCUUCCGCCGGAGCCCCCGGCCCAAGGGUGACUUCUCCAAGCGGGCCCGCGACGUGAUUUCUCAUAUUGGCAAACUGAGAGAUUUUCUUCUGGAACAUAGGAAAGAUUACAUUAAUGCUUACAGCCACGUUCUGUCCGACUGUGGCAGGAUGACAGACACAGAGCGAGACCAGAUAGACCAGGACGCGCAGAUCUUCAUGAGGACCUGCUCGGAAGCAAUUCAGCAGCUCCGGACAGACGCGCACAGGGAGGUCCACUCGCAGCAGGUGAAGGAGCACAGGACGGCCGUUCUGGAUUUCAUCGAGGACUACUUGAAAAGAGUGUGUAAACUUUACUCAGAACAGAGAGCCAUCCGAGUUAAACGAGUGGUGGACAAGAAGAGAUUAUCUAAGCUGGAACCAGAACCGAAUGCGAAAACAAGAGAAGCCAUCUCUCCUGAGAGAGCGCCACAGAACCCUUCACGAGACUCUGAGGAGAAGCCUGCCUCUGAAGAGUCCCCAGAAAAGAUCGUGUCUGAAGCACAGCCUGACUUGAGUGCCUGGGGAGAUGGCAGAGGAGAAGACGAGCUGUCCCCAGAAGAAAUACAAAUGUUUGAACAAGAAAAUCAGCGGCUCAUUGGGGAGAUGAACAGCCUGUUUGACGAAGUGAGGCAAAUCGAAGGGAAAGUGGUUGAAAUUUCCAGACUCCAAGAGAUAUUCACGGAAAAGGUGUUGCAGCAGGAAGUGGAGAUUGACAACAUUCACCAGUUGGUGGUUGGAGCGACCGAAAACAUCAAGGAGGGCAAUGAAGACAUAAGAGAGGCCAUCAAGAACAACGCCGGCUUCCGCGUGUGGAUCCUCUUCUUCCUCGUGAUGUGCUCCUUCUCCCUGCUCUUCCUCGACUGGUACGACAGCUAGCCGGCUCGGGCGGCGCCUGGCACGCGUGCGCCUCUGCAUGUCUCUGGCACUGGAGCGUGACUGUCACCAGGGUGUCCCAGAGCUGCUUCAGGGGAGAGGGGCUGAGCCACACCUGCGGAUUCCCAUGCGAAGCGACACCCAGACCUGUGUCCUUGGCCAGAGCGGCUGGGAAAGAACAUGACAAGUACAUGUGCAAGUGGUCUGGCAGCAGUCACUGGGCAGGGGGCCCUGGGGAGGGGCGUUAACCACCCGACCACGAGGCUGCUGGCCCAGGGGGCGGCUCCUCCCUCAGCGGAGUCUGACCCUGCCCGUCCCCGGAGCUCCAGGGAAGAGCGCGUCGAGUGACGGCGCUCCCGAAUGCCCGCUCCCUUGUCUCCGCACGCUUCCUGUCUGCCCGAGUCGGCGGAUGCGCGGCCCGAGAGAAUUCCCACCUGCCUUGCUCAUCCAAUAAAUCUGGUGACGGCCCUGUUGUGUUGUCGGUGAGUUACCUGCCCAGGCCCUCGGCUGCCUGGCCCGACUCCGCCCAGAACCGCUCACGGCAGGGGCAGCCUGCUUUCCCAUCACUGGGUCUACGGAAGUGUGGCCUACUGCCCUGACCCCCAGGAGAUGUCAGCAGGGCACCAGCUGGUGACAGCCAGAAACAAGGCCCGAGUUGGCUGUGUGUACAUGGUCAGCGGCCUAGCGUCCCUGCAGAGUGGGCGUGGCGAGUGUGCAGCCCCUGUGCGCACGCCCACCUGCUGGGGGCAUGGGUGUCCCUCGUCUCUGCUGCUUCCCGGAAUACGCUUAGCGACAUCAGUGCCCCCCGUGCCAGUCUGCAUUAUUGUUAUUUCUGACCUAAGCUGUGACUUGCGACGCGCCCGCCAGAAACAGCACAAACAACGAGGAGAAAACAGC